AUGCUGCAUGGCGUCUGUCUCUUGACGCACGGGUAUGAAAAAACUGCACAAAGGCAGCACCACCUCAUAGAUUCUGUCUUGACAUCCCCUGGGGCCCCUUCCCCUCGCCUUGCUGGGGGCCCCCUGGGGAUACACCCCCGCUUUAAGCUGCAGCAGCUGCUGCUAUCUUCGCAUGAAGAAAGACACCCACUGGACAGCGGGCUGCCUCAAAGUGUACAACACAAACCUGCUGCUGCUGCUCCGCCUCCUCCUCCUGCUGCUGUUGCUGCUGUUGAUCCUGUUGCUCCUGCUGGUGCUGCUGGUGCUGCUGCUCCAACUGCUCCUACGUUGAGCAGGAGCGGACGAACUGCACCAGAAGGCAGGAAAACUGCUGCUGCUCCACUGCGGGGGCAUGCUGUCGCCGCAGGGCCUUUUUUAGCAGCAGCAACACCAGUAGCAGCACCACCACCACCACCACCACUCCCAAUACCACCUGCACCACCACUUCCAAUACCACCUGCACCACCACUACGAAUACCACCUGCGCCACCUCUACCAAUUCCACCUGCGCCACCUCUACCAAUUCCACCUGCGCCGCCUUUACCAAUACCACCUGCGCCGCCUCUACCAAUACCACCUGCACCACCACUUCCAGUACCACCUGCACCACCACUCCCUGGGUUACUCUUCUCACGAACAGAACCAGCAGCAGCAAGAACGACAGCACCACAACCAGCGGCGGCGAAGCCAGCAGCAGGAACAGCAGCAACAGCAAAGCCAGCAGCAGCAAUAGCAGCAGCAAUAACCCCUGGACGCUUUCCAGCAGGAGCAGCAACACCUUCUCGGCUUUCCUCUCCGUUUUCAGCAACAGCACGUACUAGGAGAAGUGUUGCUACAGUGCAUGACGGGUAUAUACCCACUUUGCCUCCGACGAAGCAGCAGCAGCCGGUGAAUCGCACGGAGAUUGCUGCAACAGCAGCAGCAGCAGCAGCUGCUGCUGCUGCUGCUACUGCUGCUGCUCUAGAUGAGCAGCGUGGGGCCUUUGGUUUCCAGGCAGCAGCAUCAGCGCUCAACGAUGACGAGCAGCAAAAUGCAGCAGCGGACGGAAAAGCACCAAGCAGCAGCUGGCCCUUGUGGUUUGUCCUCGUCGGGAUGUUGCUGCUGCUAGUAACAGUGCUGGGUAUUUGCUUCUUUAAUAGAGCAAGUGGAGAACGUAGGAAUAGCAACAGCUGCCCUCCCGCUGCUGCUGCUGCUGCUGUUGUUGCUCCAGGUUCUUCUGCAACAGCAAACAGCAGCAGAAGGGGGUCGACAGCAUCGUUCUCGGACGGCAGCAAUCGUGCAUUCCGUUUGUUUGACAGUGAGCUUGGAUGCGUAAACCAGACAAACACAACAGCAAAUGCAGCAGCUGCCGCAGCAGCAGCACCAACUGCAGCAACGGCAGCCGCAACAGCAACAGCAGAAGCCACGGCAGCGCCAACAACAACAGCAAUAACAACAGCAACAGCAACAGCAACGGAAGCAGCAACAACAACAGCGUCACAGCAACAGCAACAGCGACAAGAGCAGCAGCAGCAACAGCAUCAAAACCAGCAACACUCACGGCAGCAACGGCGGCAGCACCAGCCGUUUGGAUUCAGAAUGACAGCCUAA